GCCUCUCCUUCCUACAACCACACCACUGACUGUGAUUCAUUCUCCUAACACAUCAACCUCAACAACCUGCUACCUGCUACCUACUACUCAACUUCUAGCUCCUACCUCCUUCUUGGACUCCUGAAAAUCUCCUCAGCUCCUCGUUCCCACUGCACUACCGACAUCACAUCAAAAAGUCACUAUGGCUACCACCACCACUACCACCACACACCUCACCAUCGUCCUCGUCCACGGCGCCUGGCACCAGCCAUCAUCCUACAGCUCGUUCACCACUGCCCUCCGCCGCCUCGGCCACGAGGUCCACGUCCCGCGCCUCCUGUCGAUGAACGGCGCCCGGCCCGCCAACGCCGGCCUGGAAGAAGACAGCGACCUGAUCCGCACCUACGUGGAGAGCCUCGUGUCAGCCGGCCGCGAGGUCCUGGUGCUCCUCCACUCCUAUGGCGGCCAGGUCGGGACCAACGCCCUCUCGGACGGGCUCGGGGUCACCGCGCGUCGCGCCCAGGGCCUGCCGGGGGGCAUCGUGCAACUCGUCUACAUCGCCGGGUUUGCCGUGACGGAAGGCAUCUCCAUGACCGACGUGGUCGUGGCGCACGGGCACGGCGACCUCAUGGACGUGGCGUUCGACUUCGCGGCGGACCGGACCUGCAUCUCGCGGGACCCCAAGACCCUCGUGGUCGGCGCCUCCGCCCGCUCGGACGAGGAGACCGACGCCUACAUCGCGACCUUCCAGCGGUGGAACGGGAACGGCUUCGAUGCCAAGCUCCAGCAUGUCGCCUGGCGGCCCGAGGACGGCGGCAUCCCGCAGAUUGGCUACAUCUACACCACUCAGGACAUGACCGUGCCCUGGGACUAUCAGAAGGAAUUUGUGCAGACGAUGCAGGACGCCGGGUGUCGGGUGCGCACCUGGGAGUUGGAGACUGGCCACUGCCCCACGUUCACCAAGUGUGACGAGGUGGUGGAGAUUGUCCAUGCACUGGCGAGCGGGAACUGAACAAAAAUGGUGGAACGUGUUCGAUGACUAGUUUGUAUUACAAGAAUUGGGCAGAAAUUUCGGUCUCUUUCAUUUCUCUUUCUCCUUCUUCUUUUCUGAAAGUAGACACAACAGACGCUUGGCAAUGUGACGCAAAAUAACGACACAGACGUGUACAGCCCCUCCAUUCAGUUCCAA